AUGAAUAAGAAGAACCCAGUCGUAUUCUUGGACAUAUCAAUUGAUAGAGAUCCUGUGGAAAGGAUUGUUAUUGAGCUUUUUGCCGAUGUUGCCCCCAGGACAGCUGAGAAUUUUCGGGCACUCUGUACUGGUGAGAAGGGCAUUGGAAUUACUACUGAGAAACCUCUACAUUACAAGGGAUCUAUAUUCCAUCGCAUAAUUAAGGGAUUCAUGGUUCAAGGUGGUGAUUUUUCUAAAGGAAAUGGCACUGGUGGAGAAAGUAUUUAUGGGGGGAAGUUUGCAGAUGAGAACUUUAAACUGGAUCAUACUAUGCCUGGUCUUCUCUCUAUGGCAAAUGGUGGUCCAAACACAAAUGGGUCCCAGUUCUUUAUAAUCUUCAAGCGUCAACCUCAUCUUGACGGGAAACAUGUUGUUUUUGGACAGGUUGUGAAAGGAAUGGAUGUUGUAAGGAAAAUUGAACAGUUGGGAACUGCUGAUGGGAAACCUUCUGCUAUUGUAAAAAUUGUAGAUUGUGGUGAAACAUCUGAAAGUAAAAUUCAUGAUGCGGCUGUAGCAGAGAAAGGGAAAAAGAAAAAAUCAGGGAAAUGUCUUUCCUCUGAUGAUGAUCCCGAUGAGAAAACAAAAGGAAGACGCAAAAUAUCUCUCAAGGACAGAAGGAAGAAGAGAAAACGGAGAUACUCUUCAUCUGAUUCGUACAGCUCUGACACAGACUCUGAUUCCUAUUCUUCGGACACUGAUUCCUAUUCAGACUCUGAUUUGGAUUCUGAGUCAGAUUCCUAUUCUUCAAGUUCUUCCAGUGAUGGAAGGCGUCGGAAGAAAAGGAGAUCAAUGAAGAGAGAGAGGCACCAACAUGGAAGAAGAAAAGAAGGGGCGGACGAAAGGGGAGGACAAGAAGCGAGCGCGAUAAAAAAUCAAGGCGCAAGUCUAAAUUGGAGUUCCAGUGGCACAGAGAGUGGAGCCAGUAGCAACAGCAGCAGCAGCUCUGAUGAUGAGAAAGCCAGUCGUAAAGCUGCCCAUAAAAUCAGCAACUCAUCAAAUGUUCAAACUAAGAAGCUACGUCAGAGUCUUGAUGUAGCGGAUAAAUCUCCAAACCCUCUUCUAGGACAGACUGUCACUGGACAGCAAAAGGAUCGUGAGCUAAAGAUGACAGAGGCUAAAGCUGAUAAAACAGCCAAUCAGCAUCAUUAUUCAGAUAAGUCGAGCAAAUCCAGAAGCUCGACACCAACCCCCAGAGGAAGACUGAUAUCCAACCGUCGGAGCAGUCCAAGCCCGAGCCCUAAAAGAAUUAUGAGGAGUCCCAGAAAUCACAAUGAUGGUGGUGCUCCAGAUAGAAAGUCUGAUCAGCAAAGCCCUCCACUCAAGGCCCCUCAAGCUUCUGCUUUGAAUCAUGGUCAGGGUUUGUCUAGAAGUCGUUCUCCAAAUGGCACUCCAAAGCGCAUUAGGAAAGGGCGUGGCUUCACCGAACGCUUUUCCUUGCACGGCGAUACCGUACGCCAUCACCAGAGCGUUCACCUCAUAGGUCAUAUCGUUAUGGUGGAAGGAACUUUUAUGAAAGGAACCAUGAUAGGUAUUCAAGCUAUAGAACUUACUCUCAGCGCUCACCACAAAGACGUUAUAGAAGCUCACCAAGAGGCAGGAGCCCCCAAG